AAAUUAAUUCCGCUCCAGUCCGCAGCUCUAUUCUGCGUCAGGUUUUGGCAUUGACUUGCGUUUGAAUAGCUGUGGGUGACAGACUUACAACAGCGCUGAGAUAGCAAACGCGUGAUCUUUCUCUUUUAGACCAAACGCUCCAGGCUGCACGCCGGGGAAUGCUGGAAAUAUUACGCUUCUACCGGACAAUAAGAGUUUCCUUUAACAAAUUCCAGAGGCUGGACUCCUCGAAUCGGAGGCAGCGACGCGCGCACCAAACAAACGAACGUGCCUUUUUGUCCACGCGCUCAGGAGCGUGUUCGUUCUACUGGCGCAGCACUGAAUAACUAUUGUAGCGGUAGGUGACUGAUAAGGCAAGUGUAUCCAGCCCAGACGGACACGUUUUCAUAAAGCACAGCUGGUUGCGCUGGCGUGGACUGUUUGUGCCAUCAUUUGUUAGACAUACGGCAGUUUAUCCCCGCUUAUUGCAAACGACUUCUUGGAUACUGGAUGGCUGUCCGAAGGGGAAUACAACGGCUGCAGGACCAAGCCGGGAAUGCCAUUUGUUCACGAGCUGCAUAAACGAGCUUUGUUGCGCGGUGUUUUUACCCGGGGACAGGUGUCGUUGUGUACGUUGGGGCAGGGGGUAAGUUGUUGGGGGUUUGGACACAGUUGUCUUAAGGAUGUCAGAUCAGGGAUCAGAUCUGCACAGAGACAGGUGCGAUAGAGAGGAGUAGAUUUCACGCGGACCCCUCCUCUCUUCUCCUCUCUUCUCCUCUCAGUCAUUCUGGAUUAUAGUCCCGAGGAGGCGAGUCAUUCAAAGAGAACCGGGCUCACCGUUUCCCGCGGCUGUUAUCGCCUCUGUCUUUUUCUCACCCCUCUGAGAGAGUUCACCGCUGGUGGAGCUGUGUGAACCCAAGGAGAGUUCAGACCUCAACCUGGAGGAGCUUCACUCAUGCCGGAGCUACUCUACCAUGACGACUGUGGCUAGAUCUUUCAUCGGGUUCUUCUGGCUCCUGCGGUUGGUGUGUGCAGUGUUCCCUGAGGAACCGGGACCUCUGAACUUUAUCCCCACUGAAGUGGUGAGAAGGUAUCCUGUGUUUCUCGGUCGACCCCAUCGCUCAUCACUCAGACAGGAGCCUUUACACAUUCAGAGGAUCCUGCAGGUCAAUCGUACCCUUUACAUUGGAGCCAGAGAUGACCUUUUCCGAGUGGAGCUGGACAACGUGGUGGGAGAAGAGAUGUUUUACAGCAAGAAGAGGACAUGGGAAUCCAACAAAAAUGACAUCAGAAUCUGUAGAAUGAAGGGAAAACAUGAGGACGAGUGCCGUAACUACAUGAAGGUUCUGCUCAGCCAACAGGGCGGAUUGUUUAUCUGUGGAACCAACGCCUUCAAUCCGUUAUGUGCCAAUUAUACAGGAGACACUCUUGAGAUGGUGGCGGAAACUGUCAGUGGAAUGGCUAGAUGCCCAUAUGACCCAAAACAUGCCAAUGUGGCCCUGUUUGCUGAGGGGAAUCUUUACACUGCUACAGUGACUGAUUUUCUGGCCAUCGAUGCUGUGAUCUACAGGAGUCUGGGGGACAAUCCCGCUCUCCGAACGGUGAAACACGACUCCAAAUGGUUUCGAGAGCCGUAUUUUGUGAGUGCUGUGGAAUGGGGGCCGCAUGUCUACUUCUUUUUCAGAGAGAUGGCCAUGGAGUUCAACUAUCUGGAGAAGGUGGUUGUCUCUCGUGUGGCACGCGUAUGUAAAACCGAUCAAGGCGGUUCACAGCGUGUACUGGAAAAGCAGUGGACAUCCUUCCUGAAAGCUCGGUUGAACUGCUCAAUCCCAGGAGACUCGCACUUCUACUUCAACCUUCUGCAUUCCACCAGUCCCAUCAUUCACAUGCAUGGCAGGGAUAUCAUCCUCGCUGUCUUCUCCACACCCUCCAACAGUAUUCCAGGCUCUGCAGUGUGUGCUUUUGACAUGGAACAGCUGGCUGGAGUGUUUGAUGGAAGAUUUAAAGAGCAGAAAUCGCCUGAGUCGAUAUGGACACCUGUUCCAGAUGAGGUUGUGCCCAAACCGAGGCCAGGUGGUUGUGCCAUACAAGGCUCCAGGUUCCAUUCCUCCAAUUCUUUCCCUGAUGACAUGUUAACUUUUGUCAAGACCCAUCCACUGAUGGAUGAAGCCAUCCCAUCACUCGGCCAGAGACCAUGGAUUGUUAGGACCAUGGUCAGAUACCAGCUCAACAAAAUGGUGGUCGACACAAACUCUGGUCCAUACGGCAACCAGACAGUCCUCUUCCUGGGCUCCAGCCGAGGGACCAUCCUUAAAUUCCUCGUCACCCCCAACAGGGAUAACACAGUGACCAACAACAACGUGUUCCUUGAGGAACUGGAAGGCUACAACCCAGACAGGUGUGGGACGGACUCUCCUCAGGCCAGGCAGCUGCUCUCUCUCACGCUGGACCGCAUCAGUCACAGCCUCCUACUGGCUUUCCCUUCUUGCGUGAUCAAAGUGCCUGUAGCACGUUGCCAACUCUAUUCCCGCUGCAUGAAGAACUGCAUCGCCUCACGGGAUCCCUACUGUGGCUGGACCAGAGGAAGCACCUGCUCUUUCCUCCGUGCGGGUACAAGGCUUCCCUUCGAGCAAGACGUCGAGCACGGAAACACUUCUCACUUGGGCGACUGUGACGGUCUUCUGCAGGAGAGCUUCAUUGAGGAACCAGAUGGCUUGGUGUCCGUGAACCUGCUGGUGGUGUCAGCAGUUUCAGCAUUCACCACCGGGGCGGCGUUGUCAGGUCUGAUGGUGUGUUGGAUAAUGAGCCUCAAGCACCGCCAGCGCUCCAGAGCCAGUGGAUCUGGCAUGGGAAGCCGUCGCAAGAGUGACAAAGAGCAGAGCAUGCUGGGACACGGCCGCAGUGGUUCGGUGAUCAGCGUGACGCGUAUCAGUGGCAGUGAACGACCCCGCUCGCAGGUUGAAAAUAUGUUUACCAACGGCUGGCCGAAAUCUGGAGAGAUCGACCCAGGACUUCCCACUCCGGAACAGACGCCUCUGCAGCAGAAACGGCCCACUCCUAACGUUCAUCUCACAGACUGCGAUUGGGACCAGACACAUAAUUUCCUCACUCAGACAGGUACUCCCUGCCCGGCGAACUCAGCAGUCAUUUACUUUAGCUCCAAAUACCUGCAAGGUGGACGGCAAGAGGGAUCAGUGGAUGUUCCUCCUCAUUCGGAGCGUCAGCGGUACCUCAUCCUCUCCCAUCAGUCGAAUCAGCAGGAACAGAGCGGGCGACCGUCCGCCCCAGCUACUUGUAACUCUGCUGGUGAUUACAACUUUCUAGCAACACCUCAGGAUGCCUCAGCUCCUACCACUCAGUCGGACUAUGGAGAACACCUGCGAUGGUCCCGCGACGGACUCAACUUCAAUAGCAACAACGCGACUCCUUCUGGCCACCACCCAUAUCCCAUACAGCCACGCACUAACGCUGCGUUAAUACGGCCAGGUCACCACACUCAGCGGGGACUCAGUGAGAUACAGGACUACAGCCACCUGCUGGUGAAAAGUGUAAGCGAGCGCAACCCAAAUGGCCAAUGAGUGGUCCAGGCCCGUUCACACCCUUCAGAGUCCCAUCACCCCCAAGACUCAGACUCCUUCUGUAAUCCUGCCCUUCCUGUCCUCUCUCACUGCCAUCCAGCGUCUUUCAAGUCCCCCACCAGUGGCUGAGCUCUAGGACUACCGAGAGUGAGAGAACGAGAGCGUUAACAGUUGAUGGUGUUAAAGCCGCUGUCCUCCCCCUGCCUGCGGGGUGACGCCACUUAGCACGUUAGCGGCUUCUAUCACGCCCUGUCUAAUGAAGCGGAAGGAUCGCUUAGGAAUAACGGAUGCGUUGGGUGAUGGGAGGUGAAAUGCAUAAUCAUAAUCCUGCGAACGGCUACGUUGACUGUUUAGCAUAGCGAAGCGGUUCCGGAUUGUCUCUCUGUGUAAUCUUAAACCCUGUAAACCAUUCAGUGGAAGUGAUCCGUUUCGUUUUCACCUCUCUUGCUUUACGUUUGCGCCAGCGGAUGCUUCUUUUGUGCAUCCCAGAGCCUUUGCAGACAAGCUCAAACUUCCUUGUGUCUGUUUGUAUGUGUAUGUGAGCCACACCAAAAUGGGGAUUAAAAUGUGCUUGUCGGCUAGACUUGAUGUGAAAGCAAAAUGGCCGACCAACACUGGAGUUUCUUAAGUGAUCUGAUGUCAAAUGACUGACUACCCCUCCCUCCCUUAACCUAUUCUGUGUCAGGAAGCAAUCAAGACAACUGCCAUGUGACUUUAAAGACUUGUGUGCUGGAAUAUCAGAUGUAAAUGGGUCAUGGAAAAGAGCAUUCGCCAAAAAUCAUGGAGGAAUCAAACCAUGCUUUCUGAAUGGAACAUGGAAGCACUGUGGAAAUUACUUUAUUGCAUACAGGAACAUGUUGUUGGGUGGACCCGUUUAUUUUGUGAUGUAUCUUAAAAACCAAGAUGCUUAGUAUAUUUGUUUAUCCCCUACACAUGCUAGAAUUAGAGCAGGGCAUUUGCAACACUUUCUCUUUCUUUCGCUCGGUCUGGCUUCGUUCUCUGCAGUCCAUUGAGUCGAAUGUGAGCUCGGUUGUCUGGGCCGAGCCGGGCCGCUAGGGAGCUGCAUUCAGAGUGUCUCACUGACACUGGGUGUCUUUGUGUGGCCCAGCCAGAGAAGACCAUCCCAACAACAAAUAACCGUUAAGAGUCAUGGCCUAGCCAUCAGCCCAGCCCAGCCCAGGAGAAUGUCAAUGAGGAGCCAGACAGAUCGGACCCCUCUGGGUCCCCCCUCACUGCCAGCCUUCACAAACCUCACAGAAUCAGAUGAAUACAAUGUUACAUUUAGAGGGAAGGCAAAAAAAAAUCAGCCACACUGAGCUCAUGAUGGCACUGUGCCCUCUUCAGGCAUUGUUCAGUUUCCUCUGGCUCUCUUUGGAUUGCUGUUUGUUUGUUUCAGGGUUGUAAACCCCACGGGAGAGAGGAAAGAAAUAGUGUACUAUUCAAUUCAUUCACCUCUCAGUGAACGUCGUUAUCUCUGCUUUCUUCCCGUGAGGCAAUGGUAAUUUACCAACCGUUACCUGAGUGUCUCCACUAGAGGGCGGUAAUGCACUGUUUUUACUUGAUGCUCAAUGGACCCUUUUCACAGCGUGAUGACACAAGACAUGAAUACUUUUAUGAUGUUAAAAGCAACAUAAGACACUGAAGACUAAUGGCUGCUGAAAAUUCAGUUUUUCCAUAACAUAUUAACAUAAUAAACUUUAAUUUAGCAUUUUUAUAUAAAUGCAGCCUUGGUCAGCUUUUUCAAAUCAUUUACAAAAAAAUCUUUCUGAACCUAAAAUUCCAAACAGUAGUGUAUAACACUAUACUUUGUUAUAUUUCCAUAGCAUUAAAUUACAAAAGAAAUAAAAACAUUGGGGUUUCAAAUACAUCUGAGGGAGUGAUGGUAAAACCUUCCUCUUUUAACUGCCAUAAUCGAUCCUUUUUUUCUUCUUUAAGAAAGUCAAGGAAAUACAACAUAGAUUUUUUUGUUGUACUGUUUAAACAAAUGGUAAUGCAAAAAUAACAUUUGCUGCGGUCUCACAUUUAUUUCUGUAAAAGCCUACCCUGCUAUUGUUCAUAUUCCAAACCCAAAAAUGUGAAAAUGGUCCAUGAGAGAGUUUGACAUGAAAUGUUCUAUAAUCAACAAUUCUCCAACACUAAGUAUAUGUUGGUUUAAAAACAGGCCGUGUUCCAAAUGAAAAGUCUGUUGUAGUGAUAAUAGUUGAGAGGGUUUAAGGGCACAGGGAAAGAGUGUGUUCUUUUGAAUGUGGACUGAUGAAAGCUCUGAAGCUGAACAUUAAAGCAAUUAAUGAAGUGUAUAAUUUAUAGGUUUUAAGUGCCAAUGCAUGACUGAGUUAAGAACUCUGUGUGUAAUUAUUUUUACACAAUCGUCAUUAUUGACGCAGCUUUUUAAUUGUCACUAAGCUUAUCUGCUCGAAUUGGAACUGUUGCACCCUCACACAGACUGAGGCCCACCACUAAAAAUGUUAGCCCACCCAUGCAUGCGCUCACCCUGCUUUCCUCUCGCAGGCUUUUCACUCUGUUGCACCAUUAGGUGAAACAUGCGUGAAUACGCUAAGUCUAUCUUGGCCUGAUAAAGCCUAGAGAUGAUCGUGAGAGACGUGCAGAAACACAGGCACCCACUUGCUUACUCACACAGCCAGAUUUUACAAGGCAAUCGCCCGAGAUGUGGGCAGCAAAACUCAAGCGAAUCAUCAUUCUCGACCGCAUCCCAUAUAAGUAACAUUCGCCGGAAUAAACCAAAAUCAAGCAGCAAACACAGGUGAUGCUUAUUGCGAAACCCUGUACACAAGCUCUAAACACCUCCUGGCUUAAUUCGCACAAGAUUUUGAGGCAGUGAAAUGGAGUUAAUUUGCUGCGGAGCUCCAUAAAAUGUGUUCCCGGAAAAAGAAAAUAAACAAGGGUUGUUUCACCGUUUUCCUACGUCGUAAUUCUCUCAAGCAAGAAAUGGAAUCAGCCGUAAAAACUCUGCUAGGGUUUUGUUUGGACAGAAAUAUACCUAGCUAUAUUUUAGAGGGCUCUCUACUCUCAAUUUUCCAAUUAAAAUUCUGUCUAUGAACAGUGAGGACAGUGUGCUCGAGGCUUUCUCAUUGUCUGGGCUGUUUUUCUUUCUCUGCUUUGUCUUUUAAAGCCCUGAGAUUUUUUUUUUUUUUUUUUUUUUUAAGACAUCCCCCAGCCUCAAACUGCCACAGCUAAUGGGCCACCCGACAAAAUGUGCAAACACAAAGAAAGAAAUGGUUUGUUUAGAAAUGACAUGCUUUCAGUAUGCAAAACCUGACAUCUGACAAGCACAAACAGAGUUUGAAUUUUUUUGUAAAGUUGUAGAGAAUAUAUUAGCCAGUACUGAUAUCUUCAUUUUUAUAUUUUUUUUGUUUGUUUUGUGGUACUGUUUUAGGUUGGUUUAUUGAGUUCAUGCAAGUGAUUUGAUUUGCUCUCUGGUGUGUGAAUUAUUUUUUUUCAACAAUGACAAUGAUUAUACUGCGACUGUGACCUGAAUUUCAGUGUUUGAUCCUGGUUUCUGAACUGUGCAAAGCCUUCGGAUGGGAGUUGUUUCUCCUGAAAGAAAGAGAAGAAGAAAAAACACUUCUGCAAAAGAGCCAAGUGUUCUGUUAACUGUGAUGGACUUCUGAUUUGUCUCGCACCGGAGGCUGUUUGUGUAACUGGGUCCAUUGUCAUUAAAUGACAAGUCGUGUCCCCUUCAGUGUACAUAAUGAUUUCAGUGCUUAAAUGUAAUUUAAGUGAACUAUCUGCAUGAACACAGCCUCGGUCUGGAGUCCACAGAGGUAGUGUGUACUUCAACACGACAUGCUACUGUGUACCCUAAUAUUGUCCACCAAUCAGACGGUCACAUGCAUGCUUUCCAGAUCAACAGCACAACUGCGCACACACACACACACACACACACACACACACACACACACACACACACACACACACACACACACACUCUCUCUUACAAGAUCACAAACACAUGGGCAAUGGGGUCCAAAAGUCUUACAAUACUCUAAUUUCUCAUGCUUAAAUUAUGUACUUACUAUAAUACUAAAGAUUUAAUUAAAAAUUGACAAUGUCUUCGCAUACAGUCUGUCCUUCUCUUGCUUUAACAUCAACACUCAAGAUGCACGUAGAGUAGUUUGUGUAAAAUCUGAUGCUCAUGUUCUUCAGCAUGAUUUGAAAUGAUCCAAAGAACAUCUUGUGCUUUAGUGGAAGUAAGAGCAUGUGAUAAAUGUCACAUUUUCUUAUUUGUUUAGUGACCCGGAAAUUGUCGAAAAUUUUGUAAUAAAGGUUAUUUUCUUAGAAGUUGCUCAAAAAUCCUGAAGCUUUAUUUUCGGGGUUUCAAUGGUAUUUUAAAUCCCACAUUUUUAGAGUCUUCUCAGACUUUUGGAUCCCACUGUACUUUAACACACACAUACACACGCAAACAUUUUUGCAUUUGGGAAACUCAUUGUCCUCAGUUCUGGCUGUCACUGAGCAUGGAGACUGCUCUGUUAUCAUUUCCUGUUCUAAUAAACCAUCAAGAACCUAAA